GUGCGACGCUGGCAUCUCUUCACUGCACAAGUGUCGCGCUGACAUCACAGCAACCGCUGUUAACGAGCUUUAACGGGAUUCAGUCUGCACGCGAUCGACAUAACUUACAGCGCAGCUUACGGACCUUCGCUGGAGGUGUCUACAAUAUAGCGCCCUCAGGGAAGACUAGAAAGCAGUCGUACAGUAAAUACCCUCGCACGAGGCCAGGCAACUCGUUAUCUGGACAAUUUACAGAGGGCCAUCCGCGGCGCAAACGCGUGCUAUCUUCGCAAGAAGUUGGAGAGUUGGUGCACACUCAACUGCGUGCAUACGUCUCCGAGUUGUUUUGCUACCUGCGCCCGGAACUUCUGAAGGAAACGAGAGUUGCAAGAGAGCUUGUGGUGCUCGCGACUUUGCGCGCGGGUUUACCGUGUGCUCGUCGAUGGUGGAGACCUAAGAGCCCUAGGAAAAGGUGCGGUGUUUCGGAGCCCCACGUGCGCGCGCAAUCUGGUCGCUGUACCAAAGAAUCAGCUUCUUGACGGAAGCGCCCUGCGAUUACCUGAGACGUCCGAGUUCGUGCUUGCUUGAAACUGUGCGACCUUCGUUCCCUUUUUUCAGCCCUUGAAAGUAAGUGUCCAGCGGCAAUCACCUGAUCACCAGAGACAUGGCCCAUACUAGUGCUUCCACCAAUGCCAUGUCCUUCAACGGUCUGUCGAAGCAGACUGAUAGAAGCGGAAAGAUUACAAUGGGAGAAUGCAGCGCGGCUAGCAUAGGAGUGCAGACAGAGCCUUUAGCGGCAAGGUUGCGCAAGUUCGCCAAAGAGCACCUAUUCCUGCUGUCAACGCUAGCAGGCGUCGUUGCCGGCGUGGUGCUGGGCAUCGGUCUGCGCCACGCGAGCCCCAGCGAGUCCACCAUUGUGCUGCUCGGCAUGCCUGGCGAGGUGUUCAUGCGGUGCUUGCGCAUGCUUGUGCUCCCCAUGAUGAUAGCCAGCAUCAUCACAGGAAGUGCCACUCUGAGCGGCAAGGCGAAAGGCAAGAUGGCUCUACUGACUUUUUCCGUCUUCAUCAGCACCAGCUUUGUCGCUUCCCUCAUCGGACUGGUGUUUGUGACAACGAUUCACCCGGGAAGUCCCGAACUCAAGUCGGGCAUCGAUGUCGAAGACGAGAUACGGGGUGACCCGAAGAUACUGGACACGUUCUUGGAUCUCGUACGUAACGCGUUUCCAGAAAACCUGGUGGAAGCCUGCGUUGAACAGGGUUACACGUCAUACGAGAAGAAAAAUCUCUCCAUUAAAGGAGAGCCUCCGAAGGAGAUUCUUAAGAAAAACUGGUCACGGAGAACUGGCACCAACUCUUUGGGCCUGAUAGUCUUCUGCGUCGUGUUUGGGGGUGCGCUCGGCACACUCGGACAACCCGUCGAAAUUCUGAAGCAGUUCUUCGCGGCUCUGGAUGCUGCCAUCAUGAAAAUUGUAUACCUAGUCAUGUGGUUGACUCCCGUCGGAGUGAUGAGCCUGUUGUGCGCCCGCAUACUGUCUGUGGCCAGCAUCGCGACACUCUUCCAGCAGAUGGCGCUGCUCAUCGCCACCGUGCUUUCGGGCCUCGCCGUCGAGCUGUUCGUAGUCGAGUGCCUGCUGUACUUCGUGGUGACGCGGAAGAACCCGUUCCGGUUCCUCGGGAAGCUCGCGUACGUCGCUGUGUGCGCCUUCGUCACGGCCGCCAGUGCUCCCGUCAUGCCACUGACGCUCAACUGCCUGGAGGAAAACUGUGGAAUCGACAAACGCGUCACGCGUUUCGUGGUGCCCAUUGGCGUCACCGUGAACAUGAAUGGUACAGCGGUCUUCAUCACAGUCUGCAGCAUCUUCAUCGCCCAGCUCAACGACAUUGCCCUCACGUCGGGAGAUUACUUCGCCAUCGUCAUUUCAGCUACAGCUGUCAGUGUGGCGUCGACAUCCGUUCCCAGCUCGGCGCUGUUUCUCAUGGUGAUGACAUUGUCAGUCAUCGGUGCCCCAGUCAGUGACGUCAGCCUUCUCUUCACCGUCGAGUGGCUGCUUGACCGCGCACGGACGACCAACAACUGCUUGGGCGACUGCGUCACCUGUGCGGUGGUGGAUCACGUCUGUUUCCGGAAGAAGGCGUCCGAGCUAAGUGAGGUGGUGGUCGUGUACGACGAAGCCAGCGAGAAGCUGCAGGACUCGACCUUAUGAAGAUCGGACACCGCGCGAACACCGUGACUUCGUCGCCCGCUGAGCUGUACUUUUCUCAACCCAGUUGUUAUCGUCAUCAUUAUAAAAAUAGACUGAUACCGUCCGUAGAGACCGUGCACACUUCUUCAUUUUUAUUUAAACUGGUCUUUUCGCGUGUAGAUAGUAUGUGAACAUUCUAUAAACCAUAGAGUGCAUAUGCUUGUCCGCGUUCGUAUGCGGUACACUGGAGCCAUAUACGGAGCCAUUUACGUAGAGCUUAGCAUAGGAUAAGGUUCCUCGAUGUGAGCGCCGCCCCCUGCUGUGGCAUCGAGGCACCCUAGCGGAGGAGCGCGCGUAGCGCCGUCUUGUGCUCGUUUGUUUAACCACAAGUCAUCAGAAACAUCCCUUUUUUUUUUUUGCCGUUGUUCUCGUGGAAAGAUAAUAUAGCCACUUUGCAUUCUCACUCUGCUCUACCGUAGCUAACAGCAGCUAUGCUGCUACAUCUAUGUAGUUAUCAAAGUAGGCGCUGUCCACUGGCACUGCGAUGGUCUUGUGUUUGCGGAACAUGCUUUCUGCAAGUUCCCGCUUGCAUGUGUGUGCCACCAACACAUCUGCAGCUUGCAGAAGAAGAUGCGUUCCUAGCGCUUUUGUAAACGUGCCGAGUCUUCUCUAUAGUGGCGCUGAGAAAGUAACAGACAGUCCACGAUUCCUUUUAUGCGUCUCAGACGAUUUAUUGUUGGUAAUGAAUGAGGAACAAUGUGGUGUAUCAUAGUGCUCACAAUAAAGGAACACGGCUCGCUUCA